AUGUAUUUAUUAUUAAUUUUAAUAAUAACAGUGACUGAAAAAUUUGCUUUACCAAAUUCACAUGUAAUGAAUGUUAAUAAUAGUCAAUCUAUCAAUGAAAGUAUCUCUCGAUCAAUAUCUAAAAAUGCAUGGUCAGAAAUAAAAACGAACCAUGGCAAAGAUCGAUUAAAUUCUUAUCAUCUAAAACAUACUCGUGGAAAUAUAAUAAAAUUUGUUUUUACAAUCAUUGGUGUUGUUUGUAUCUUAAUUAUUAUUGGUGGUACUAUUAGUACUAUCGUUUAUUAUAUUAAAAAAACAUAA